AUGCCUUGUUGUGAGUCUAACUCGUCAACGAAAUUAAUGGCUCGAUUAGUCGGAGUGUGCUCCAAAGAUCAAGUGUCAUCAUUUCCGACACGUCAAAUUCCGAUCAGCAUCGAAGAAAACCUCCUCAUAAAACUUCAAUUUGACGAUUCGUUUCUACUUUUGAGAACGUGUCCUAUCAAUAAAAAGUGCAAGACAUAUGAAACAUUUGUAAAAACGUAUCAGAAAUUAACUCCUGAAGAAUUAGAAGUCGCUUUAUCUGUCCCGAUUAGUCAAAUUAAAGAGUAUAUCCCACAUUGUGUUUCGUGUAUUGGCUGUCGAACAAGUAUUGAUACUUUUAUUAAAUCUUUAAUUGAAUAUCAUCAUCCAGCUUUGGAACCACUUCUGCUCGAUACCGGGGACUUUUUCACAAUUACGAAAUGUUUUCGUUCGAAUUUAGAGAAUAUUUAUACAUUAUUCUAUACAUAUGGAUCAAAAUUGAAUCCGUUUAUUGAAAGUAUUCCCAAAUCGAAGAAGAGUCGCCGUUGUAAUAUUCAUCUAUUGGAAAAAACGAAAUCAAUUUCAAAUUGGGACAUCGUUUGGGAUUUAAUGGACAAGGAGUGUCGCGAGGAAGUAACUUUGAUCGAAAACAAUAGUUUAUUCCAAACAUUAGAGAAUUAUCUACGUAAACACAAAUUCUGUUCGGAAUGUAAAUUGAAAGUUUCGGAAGCGUUCGAACUCUUGAUUAAUAAUGCUGACGAAACAAAUUGCGAGAGAAAUGGAUUUCGUCCAAGUUUAUACGCAGGUUUACGAUCAUGUACCCAUGAUAAACAUAUUCAUGUUGAUGUCGAUAAAGACUUCAUUGGUAGUUUAAUAUCUCGUGCUGAACCCGAUAUCGAUGGUAGUCAACGUGAGCGUCAUGCUAAAACACUUGAUGUUGCACAGGAGGAAGUGUUGACGUGUAUUGGGAUUUAUCUCUUUGACCGAUUGGAUAAAAUCUAUCGUACGAUAAGAUCUGAAGAGCAAACUUGUCAAUUGUUGUUUUAUAUUCUAAUUAAUUGUUUGAAAUCGAAUUUCGAAACGGCUGUUGAUCGAAAACAGGACUUGAGUGUGGCAUUAGAAAAUUUAUGUGAAGAAUUCCGUGAAGUCAAACAGCAGAAAAAACGAGCGAAGAAGAAAGGUCGACGCCAAUCCAAACAACCGGAAAAGGAUACGAAACCAACCGACACAACUGAUGAGAAAGUCUCGAAUGAAAUCAAACUUCCAUCAAUUCGUCGUCGAACAAAUAGUUGCUGCUCUUGUCUGUGUUUCUAUUGUACCGAACGGUCAAAUUCGGUUUCUACGAUUGAAACAUCUUCACCAACAAUCACAAUCAUCAAAUCCCCGUCGUGUCCUUCAUUAUUACAAUACGCAUCCGAAUGUCCGGUGCCUCAUCGAGAUAUUCGAGAACAUCGAUUACCUCAAUCAAGUUCAUUAGAAACAUUGUUUUCAUCUGUUUCGACACGAGAUUGUGCAUGUCAUGAAGGAAAUCUAGAAAAACAAACAGUUUUAUGUGAUGACUGUCCUUCAUCAUCGUCAACAUCCUGUAUUCGUUGCUCAAGUACCCGAACUGAUCUAGGUUAUUCAUCAGGACAAGAUGACGCGCUAUCUUCCGGGCCAUGGGAAUGUUCCAAUGUGACGUGCGAUACAUGUUUAAUGAGAUGUCCAUUGCAUGAAGUCGAUGAAACAUGUUGUGAUCUAGUGUCAUCCAAUGAUGACUGUAGUAAUAUUUGUUGUAUUCAUGAGACAAGAAUUGAAUGUAUCAAACAUCGGGAGUUAUUCGAUAUUAAUCGCAAACAUAAACUUCAAUUCGAGUUAUCUCAUCAAUAUCCGUUCUUUGAUAUGGAUUUGAAAAGAGUUUGGGAUAAUUCAACUUCCUUAGCUGCUGAAACCAGUUCUUAUAUAUCUGAUGUUGAUAUUGCUCACUUUCACCAUACAAAUGGCGAUGUCAAAAAGACACGUGCUCAACUACAUGAAUCAUUCAAAGUGAAAUUCUCCGAAUGGUAUCAUCAACAAGCGAAACUCUGGACAAAAUAA